AUGUCUGCACCUGUGACGAAAAAGCGAUGCGGCGUCCUCGGGGCCACCGGCGCCGUGGGGACACGCUUCAUCCUCCUACUCGCGCACCACCCGCUACUAGAACUCGUCGCGCUCGGGGCGUCAGACCGGUCCGCGAACAAAAAGUACCGCGACGCGGUGCGCUGGAAGCAAUCGACGCCGAUGCCGGCCGGGGUGGGCGAGAUGGUAGUGCGGCGGUGCGAGCCGUCCGAGUUUAGCGACUGCGAGAUCAUCUUCUCCGGGCUGGACCCCGAGGUGGCGGGCGGGAUUGAGACUGCUUUUUUCCAGGCGAACUUUGCGGUGUUUUCGAAUGCGAAGAAUCAUCGGCUGGUUCCGGUGGUGCCGCUGGUGGUGCCGCUGGUGAAUGCGGGGCAUCUGGAGGUGAUUCCGGCGCAGCGGAAGAGGCACGGGCUGGAGAGGGGGAUGAUUGUGUGUAAUUCGAACUGUGCGGUUGUGGGGCUGGUGAUUCCGGCGAAGGCGUUGAUUCAGAGGUUUGGGCCGAUUGAGUCGGUGAGCAUGGUCACGAUGCAAGCUGUCUCGGGGGCGGGGUAUCCGGGGGUCAGCAGCAUGGACAUCUUCGAUAACAUCGUCCCUUAUAUCCCCGGCGAGGAGGGCAAGAUCUCUACCGAAGCGCGCAAGAUCCUCGGCGAUUUGGACUCCGACCUGGCGGGAUUCAGCGAUAAAAAGCCCCUUCAGAUCUCUGUUGCGUGCAACCGUGUUCCCGUGCUCGACGGCCAUACCGUGUGUGCGUCGUUGCGUUUUGUAAAACGACCCCCUCCGACCGCCGCCCAAGUUCGUGAAGCGCUGAGGGAGUAUACUUCAGAGGUUCAAACGCUCGGGUGUCCUUCUGCUCCGAAACGCGCCAUUCAUGUGCUGGACGAGGUGGAUCGACCGCAGCCUCGCCUUGAUAGAGACUCCGAAGGCGGCUAUGCGUGCAGCGUAGGGAGGAUCAGGGAGGAUGAUAGUGGGGUCUUUGACAUCCAGUUUGUUGCUCUCAGCCACAAUACCAUCCUGGGGGCAGCGGGUAGUAGUAUUUUGAAUGCGGAGAGUGCGAUUCUAAAGGGUUAUAUCUAG